UGUGCGCGCGACUUUGCAUUUUGGUGUGUGUGUGCGUGAAUUUCUUGUCAAAAUGUUUAGUUUUUGUUAUUCAAUGAAAAACAAAAUGUGUGGUUUGUGUAAAUAAAUGUUUUAGGACAAGUUAUGGAUUCCAUGCACGAGGAUUUCAUCUACCAGGACACGCGGAAGAGGAAGGAGGAUGACCGGAGACUUGGUCCGGAAGUCACUUCCGGAGCUCCGGUCACUUGGUUGGAUGACGAUGAUAUCGAUAAGCUGGACCUCUCGCUGAGUAUCGAUGCCGCAAAUAUGUUCUUCAAUCGCGUGGACAGCGCCGAGAUUAUCUACCAGGCAAAGAAGAAGAGCUGCAAAAUGGUUGGGAAGUACGUGAUGGGGGAUGUUUUGGGUGAGGGAUCCUACGGGAAGGUGAAGGAGGUUCUGGAUUCUGAGACACUCAGUCGACGAGCUGUGAAGAUUCUGACAAAACGGAAGCUCCGACGCAUCCCAAAUGGUGAACAGAAUGUCAGGCGGGAGAUUCAGUUGCUGCGCAAUCUCAAACAUAAGAAUGUGAUCGAACUCCUGGAUGUGUUGUACAACGAGGAGAAGCAGAAGAUGUAUUUGAUUAUGGAGUACUGCGUUGGGGGCCUGCAGGAGAUGCUAGAUUCAGCUCCGGAGAAGCGACUACCCCUCUUUCAGGCACACCGCUACUUUGUGCAACUUCUCAAUGGGCUGGAAUACCUCCACGGCUGUGGGGUGAUUCACAAGGACAUCAAACCCGGGAAUUUGCUACUUACGCUGGAUCACACACUAAAAAUUUCGGACUUUGGUGUGGCAGAAGCGCUCGAGACCUUUGCUGAUGACGACACGUGCACAACGGGUCAGGGUUCUCCGGCAUUCCAGCCGCCUGAAAUUGCCAAUGGGCAGGAGUCCUUUGCCGGCUUCAAGGUGGACAUCUGGAGUAGCGGGGUGACUCUCUACAAUAUCACAACGGGCCAGUACCCAUUCGAGGGUGACAAUAUCUACAGGCUGCUGGAGAAUAUUGGCAAGUCACAGUGGGAGCCACCAGAAUCGUUGUACAAAUUGGACAAGCACCUGACUACACUUAUCCUAGGAAUGCUUCAGGCAGAUCCCCAACAUCGAUUCACAUUGCCACAAAUUCGCAACCAUCCAUGGUUUAUUGGAGCUCCUGAGAAGACUGGGCCCCCAAUCCCAUUCCCACCACUCAAAGGGGAUGAAUUACGACGUUCCACAGUACUGCCUUAUCUAGAAGCUUAUCAUUAUGCCACCGAUCGUGACAAUGAGGAUGUCUACUUCACGGAGCACGAUUUAAAUCAGCAACUUGCAAAACAAGCUGCAGCCCAUAGAAGUGCAACCAAAUCGAAGCACGGAAGUGUUAGCGGUGGCAGUAGCACAACAAAGAAGCGCCCACGGAAGACAGUUUCAUGCAUUUCCGUGCGCAAAUUGACCAGCUGUCGUCCAUCGUGAGAGUUGAUCAUUUAUAUUAGAAAUUUUGUGAGUGAUGCUCGUUUGUUUAUCCGUAUUAUUUUCGUCAUUGCAAAAUAUCCUCGUGAAAUUGAAUUAGUAAAAAGGAAACAAAGGAUAAAAUACAAUUAAAAAAAAUAUUUAAAA